UUCAAAUCUUUGACUCCAGAAUCAUAUGAAGAUGGGGAGCACUUUUUGCCCUGCUGAUAACAUUUCACAUAUGUCAUCUGUUGCUCGAGACGUCUGCCCUUUCCCGGACUACACCCCUAAUCCUCUUUUUACCAACAUGCUGUCCGUCAACUCUUCACUUCAGUUGAAGCACCACUACACAGCCGUGCAGUCCUCCCUGAAUCCAAAGCAGCUGGAGGACUUCACCAAGAGCCUGAGGAGCACUUUUGGCAGGGAGGGCAGGGUCAGUUAUGGGGGUGUGGGGGUGGUGGCCCUGUCCCUGGCUGUACUGUUUGACACUCUUGCUAAACAGGCAAAGGGAGAGCAGGUGUCAGACUCAGGGCCAAUUCCAGGGUUAUUCAUAAAAGACCUGAGAGGUUACUAUCCGCCACAUGUCCACACGGUCAGCGAGUACCUGAGGCUGGUUCCCCACAUUGCAAACAAUCCCACCAGGAUGAAAGAGGAGACAGAGAGGUACAUCAAGCUGUUAACUAUUGAUGACCAGAAAUUGGAAAACUUGGGAGAAAACAACAUGUUUGCAAUGCAGGAAGACGUCCCGUUAUUGAACGUGGUUCAUGGAAAAUGGUUUGCAAACAAUUUGAAGGUUCACUUCCUCCGCCUGAAAAACGCUACAGCUGAUGAGUUGGUCCAUUCUAAGGAAAGACCUCCGGCUGUUAUUACCUUCAAUCUCAACUGUGAUCCAGAGACAGCUGACAAGGACUUUAAAGCCCACGUUCAAAGAUCUGACAGCCAUACCCAAGAAGCUUUUCAAAAAUACAUGACAAAGCUGAAGCCAUGGCUGCUGCAGGUCGCUGAGCUCGAAUGGCUCAACACCAUGUUUCAUCUGGCAUGUGAGAUUGGAAUGGAUGAUGAUUUAAAGGUUGCACAAAGAGGAGAUUUUGACCUGAAGGCCAAUGCACUGGGGAAAUGGGCAGAGUAGAUCACUUGGGUCAUUUACUUUGAAAACAAAGAGCUCAAUAUUAAUGAAGAUUGUAAAAGAUCAAGGUUAGACAUGUCAAAACACAUGUUGUAUUAUUAGCUAUCAGCUUGUUUCUUUGACCCUUUGAGACCAUACAUGUUACACACUUUUUUCUCUCUAAGUUCAAUUUCAUGAGUUCAAUGUAUUGUGUUUAUGGUUACUAUAUAUACACUGUAUAUUCUGUAGCACCUAUAUGUCAAUAAAUUCAUAUUUUGUUACCUUAUACUGUAGUCAGAACUUGACUUG